AUGGCGGAGCCUGGCGGCCGGGCUGGCGGGUCUCACCUGGAAGACAAAUCUUCUGAAGGAGAAGAGGACCAGAAUCAUGAAGGCAACAGGGUAUCACCGAUAGAGAAGAGCAGUGACCAGAGAAAUGAAGAAACUGAGGGUGCUACAGAGCAUUCUGAAGGGGAAAUCAAAAACGAUGGGGAAGUCUCAGCGCAGGGGAAAGAUGAAGACGAUGAGGAAGUCGAAAUCCAAGGGGGAAUGGAAACAGAAGAGGAAUUCGAAUUUGAAGAGGAGUUAGAAUCUGAUAUUGAAGCCACGGCCCCUGAAGGGGAAGUCACUUCUCCAGAUCUGGCUUACUCAGACAUCAGUCCUGGGGAGGUGGCCAGAGAUGAAGUUGGCCCCACACACCGGCAUGAAAGAGCAAGGAGGAAGACAGGUCUUGAAGACGGAGAGGCCCCUGGCCCAUCCAAAUCUAGAGGAGUGGGGGUCAUCUCCACAGAGCCCUCCCAGCAAGUAUCAGGCUCAUCUGAGCAAACGGACCAGGAAUCGUGCACCUGA